AUGAGAACAGUGAGCGCCAUCGCUGUUAUUUGUUGUCUGUUCAUUUCUGCUGCGCUAACAAUUAUCGUAAUUCUUGUUACUACACCAACCGAUGAUAACGACGAAUCACAGGAUACAAGAAUACAAGAUUUUCAACGUGGCGGUGACCAAAGAUUGGAUGAGAGUAUGGGUAGACGAGAUUUCGGUACAAAGCUGGGGAUUUUUGUUCCAGGCAUCGAUUAUCCACAUUUCAAUCCCGAAAAGAAAAGCAUGAAAGAUGCGCUUCCAGCGGAUCCGGAAAAGCUUCCAAGGAUUCAUAAUAAUACAUCCAGUAUCCUUGUAACUACUACAACUGCUAGAAGGUAUCCAAGCACUGCCCAGGCGAUAUCCAGAAAUGAUUUACCAUCAUUCACGUAUCAUGGUUCCACAGCAGUGCCGCAGUUCAUGACAACUUCGAAACAGGCCGCAGCAACUUUGCCAAAAGCAACAGGGCAGGCUCGAACAGGCCAUCCGGAGAAGCCUUUCAAGUUGCUAAACAGGGAGCCGACAAAAGCGACAACGACCCAACAACAUUUUCAGCAAAAAUGGGGAACAAUGGCUCCGCUACAACUGCCACAUUUGGAGGCAUUGAUGCUUCGGGAAAACAGAAAUUUGGAAAAAAAGAUGGAACUGCUUCGAGAAGACACGUUUUCGGAAAACGGCAAAAUCGUGGGCCUUUGUGAAGAGAGUGGACUUCUCUAUAUGGCCACAAGCAACGGGCUGGUUCGCGUGCUGAAUCCAGAAACUGGUGAGCAGAUGGAAGAAAUCGAUCUCGGCGGCAGAAUAGAUCGUAUGACUGUGACGCACGAUGCUGACGUUGUUGUUCUCAAUGGUACUGAAUUGGUUUCCUACCGGGAUGGACUUAGAUUUCACAGGAUGAGCUUGCAUAUCGGUGGAAAAGGCUUGUCUGUUGGCGAAAAAGAG